AUGGGAGAGAAGGGAGAAGAAUCCAAAAACACUACUGUGUACGAGAAAGGAAUUUAUAGGAAUUAUCACUCUGCUACAAUUCCUCCGGUAGUCAAAAAAAGGUCAACCUUCAAUAAAAUUGAUCAUUUUUUGAUAUUCGGUUUAUUAUCACUUGGAGUUUUAGUUAGAUUAUACAAGCUUCAUAUCCCUCUGGCUGUUGUUUUUGAUGAGGUACAUUUUGGUGAAUAUGCUCGAAGUUAUUUGCAUGGUGAAUUUUUCGUCGAUGUUCAUCCACCGUUGAUAAAGUUGAUAUAUUAUUGGAUUGGCCGUGCAUUUGGGUGGGAUGGUGUCUUCGAUUUUUCGGAGAUCGGUCGGGAUUAUGAUGGCACUGUACCAUAUCUCUACAUGAGACUUUUUUCUGGGAUUUGCGGAGUUUUGACUAUCGUGGUUUCUUAUGGAACGUUAAGGAUCUCUGGCUGCAGGGCAACUGUCGCCCUUUUUGGGGCAUUUUUGGUUGCCAUUGAAAACUCACUUAUCACUCAAUCAAGAUUCAUAUUGUUGGAUGGCCCUAUGAUUUUUUCACUAGCUCUCACAGUAUAUGGAAUGAAAAAGAUCAGACUUGAUACUGCGUUUAAAAAGGGGUGGUUCCAAUCAUUGGUAAUUAUUGGACUUGCCCUAGGUAUCACCAUAUCCAGUAAGUUGUCUGCUUUCUACACACUUCUUUGGGUGGGACUCGUGUCAGCUAUACAAUUGUGUAAUCUUUUAGGUGACCUAAAGAUAACUACUUUACAAUGGUUUGGACAUGUAAUUUACAGAAUCAUGGCGAUAAUUGUCCUACCAUUAUGCAUAUAUCUUGGUAUAUUUUCGGCACACCUUAUGUAUUUACCAUUUAACGGCUCUGGCUCUGGUGCAGUCUCCCCUAAUUUUAGGUCAACAUUCGCAGAUUCUAAUGAUCUCAAAAAUAUGCCUGUUGAAGUGUCUUAUGGCAGUACCGUUACUAUCAAAAGCAAUACCUUAGAAGGGUACCUACAUUCUCACGAUGCAAAAUAUCCAACAGGGUCUCAUGAGCAACAAGUAACACUCUAUAGCUUCAUGCCUGAUGAAAAUAAUGAAUGGAUGAUAGAGACAAAAAAUCAGUACAGGAAAGCCCUGUUGGAAAAUGAAGCUAGAGUAGUCAAAGAUGGUGAUAUAGUUCGGCUAUACCAUAAAAGCACAGGGAAAUACCUCCACGUGAAUAAAGUCAGGCCUCCGAUAUCAGAACAUGAUUAUUCGAACGAAGUAUCCUGUAAUGCUACUAGGGGUCUUUUGGGUGAUGCCGAUUACGAAUUCAAAGUCAGGAUAUUGCUAAAAAAGUCUCAUGCAACCCUGGAUUUGCCUCUUAUUAAAUUAAGAGCAACUGAAUCAAUAUUCCAGCUUAUUCAUCAAGGAACAAAGUGUGUUGUCAUGACGCACGACAUAAAACUUCCCUCAUGGGGAUCAAAUCAAAGAGAAGUUUUGUGUGUAGAAGAGCCAACAAUUCCCAAUACAUUGUGGUAUGUUGAAUACAAUUCGCACCCUGCGCUAGACGAGAGCGAUCAAGCAGAAAAAGUAAAUUUUCAAUCUGUUUCAUUUUGGAGAAAGUUCAAAGAGUACCAUAGAGCAGUAUUUCGAAUUAACAAUAGCUUCACUGAUCCUCAUUCAUAUUCUUCUACUCCUCAAUCCUGGCCCUUACUUUUGAGGGGAGUUAACUAUUAUGGCAAUGAUGCAGCAGAGAAGAAAUUAGAAAAUGGUAGCCAUAUAUAUUUCCUUGGGAAUUUGGCCGUAUACUAUUUCUCCUUCACUGUGGUCCUAGUGAUGUUCUUUAGUUAUGCUCUUUAUUCCUUUAGACAUAUGAAUCCGUUUGCAAUACAGAAGGAGUCCAUUGAUACGGUUGUAUUUUAUGACCAUGGGCUUGAGUACACACUAGGAUGGUUGAUUCAUUAUUUUCCAUAUUUUUUAAUGUCCAGACAGCUCUUCUUGCAUCAUUAUUUGCCAUCUUUAUACUUUGGAAUAUUGCUAAUUGGACAGUUUGUUGAGUAUCAAAUUUCAAAGAGAAAAGUUCUGGGCUAUUUAACAAUGACUCUUAUAACAAUAACCAGCCUUUACUGUUUCAUCAGCUUCUAUCCACUCAUAUAUGGUACACCGUGGACAAUCAAAGACUGCAAUCAUGCGAAAUGGUUCUCAGGUUGGGACUUCAAUUGCAUGAACUAUAGUAGUUGA